CCCCCUUUAGAUCGGGACUCCGGAUCAGGUGGGACUGGGAAUGGACUAAAUGGCAUCCCAAAGCUGAUGGACCUUUUGGAUGAACCAGUACCUGGAGUGGGCACUUAUGAGGACUUUAACACUAUUGACUGGGUGCGAGAGAAGUCCAAGGACCGGGACCGUCACAGAGAGAUUAACAGUCAGCGUAAAGUUUCUUCCUGGGCUUUAGUAAAGAGCAUUGGUGAUGCCUUCUCCGGUUGGCUCCUUAUGCUACUUGUGGGACUGAUGUCAGGUGCCCUGGCUGGUGGAAUUGACAUUUCGGCUCACUGGAUGACAGACCUGAAGGAGGGAGUUUGUCUUAACGGCUUCUGGUUUAAUCAUGAGCACUGUUGCUGGAACUCCAACGAGACCACAUUCCAGGAGAGAGACAAAUGUCCACAAUGGAAGAGCUGGGCUGAGCUCAUGAUUGGCUCCAAUGAUGGGCCCUUUGCUUACAUCAUGAAUUAUUUGAUGUAUGUGUGCUGGGCCUUGCUCUUCUCUUUCUUAGCAGUUUCUCUAGUCAGGGCCUUUGCCCCUUAUGCCUGUGGAUCUGGUAUCCCUGAGAUUAAAACCAUUCUUAGUGGAUUCAUCAUUCGAGGUUAUCUUGGUAAGUGGACCCUGAUGAUUAAGACCAUCACUCUGGUCCUAGCUGUGUCAUCUGGUCUUAGUCUGGGCAAAGAGGGUCCACUGGUCCAUGUAGCCUGUUGCUGUGGAAACAUACUUUGCCAUCUUUUCACCAAAUAUCGAAAGAAUGAGGCCAAAAGACGAGAGGUGCUUUCUGCUGCAGCUGCAGUGGGGGUUUCUGUAGCUUUUGGUGCCCCUAUCGGAGGGGUUCUCUUCAGCCUGGAGGAGGUUAGUUACUACUUCCCUUUAAAGACACUGUGGCGCUCUUUCUUUGCUGCUCUCGUGGCUGCCUUCACUCUGCGCUCCAUCAACCCAUUUGGGAACAGUCGGCUUGUCCUGUUCUAUGUGGAGUUUCACUCCCCCUGGCACCUUGUAGAGCUGGUGCCCUUUGUGCUGCUGGGCAUCUUUGGGGGCAUCUGGGGGGCCUUCUUCAUCCGGGCCAACAUUGCCUGGUGUCGCCGCCGCAAGACGACUCGUCUGGGCCACUACCCGGUCCUGGAGGUGCUGGUGGUGACCGCACUUACAGCUUUGCUGGCGUUCCCCAACAGCUAUACCCGCAUGAGCACCAGUGAGCUCAUUUCUGAACUGUUUAAUGACUGUGGCCUGCUGGACUCCUCCCAGCUGUGUAACUAUGCUAAUGUGAGUGACAUUAAGAGCAGCAGCAACACUCUACCUGAUCGACCUGCUAGCCAUGAUGUUUACACAGCCAUGUGGCAGCUGGCUCUGGCUCUCAUCUUCAAGGUGCUCAUCACUGUGGUCACCUUUGGCAUGAAGGUACCCUCAGGGCUGUUCAUUCCAAGUAUGGCUGUUGGGGCUAUUGCAGGAAGGCUGCUGGGAGUAGGCAUGGAGCAGAUGGCAUAUUACAACCAUGACUGGGUCAUUUUUAGGGGCUGGUGCUCACCUGGGGCAGACUGCAUCACACCUGGUCUCUAUGCCAUGGUGGGUGCUGCAGCUUGCUUAGGAGGAGUAACUCGUAUGACAGUCUCUCUGGUGGUCAUCAUGUUUGAGCUGACUGGGGGCUUGGAGUAUAUUGUGCCCUUAAUGGCGGCCGCUAUGACCAGUAAGUGGGUAGCAGAUGCGCUGGGAAAAGAGGGCAUCUACGAGGCUCACAUCCGUUUAAACGGAUACCCAUUCCUUGAGCCCAAGGAGGAGUUCAGCCACAAGACGCUGGCAAUGGACGUAAUGCGGCCUCGCCGUAGCGACCCCCCAUUGUCAGUCAUUACUCAGGAUGGUAUGAGUGUAGAGGAAGUAGAGACUCUGAUUGCUGAGACGUCCUACAGUGGUUUUCCUGUGGUGGUUUCUCAUGAGUCACAGAGGCUGGUGGGCUUUGUGCUGCGCCGGGAUCUCAUUAUUUCAAUUGAAAAUGCUCGGAAGCGACAGGAAGGCGUGGUCAGCACCUCGAGGAUUUUCUUUACUGAGUACACACCCCCUCAACCACCUGACCUUCCCCCUCCCCUGAAGCUACGUGGCAUCAUGGACCUCAGCCCAUUCACUGUUACUGAUCACACUGCUAUGGACAUUGUGGUGGACAUCUUCCGCAAACUGGGACUCCGCCAGUGUCUCGUUACUCAUAAUGGGCGUUUACUGGGUAUUAUCACUAAGAAGGACAUUUUAAAGCACAUGGCCCAGAUAGCCAACCGUGACCCAGACUCCAUCCUCUUCAACUGAAGCUUCAAAGCAAUCCUACUUUUUCCAAUGUGUAGCCUUCUGUUGGGCAGAAGAAACCUGUCUGAUUGAUCCUUUGCACUACAAUAGUCAGUGCACUUACACUGUGAUGGCCAUUUUUAGUGCCUCUUUGCUGCAGGCACACUGCCGACAUGGACGGCUGGCAGCAAAACAUCUUCUGCACCACAACAUACAGCUUAAUGUGACCUAUCUUGGUGAAAUACUGGAAUUUGCUGGUGGACAUUUGAACAUCAUGAUCAUCAGUUUAUUGGGAAAGUUUGGUUUAAAAAGUAUAUUUGGUUUUAAAUGCAUGCACAAUGUUAAUCUUAAUAUUCACCUCUAGCUAAACCACAAUACUGUUCCUAUUAGCUCAUCCCUACGGCCUCUGAUUAAUCCGACUUCAAGCCCUGUGUCCAAAGUGAGUUUAUACACACACACACACACACACUGUCAUUAAGUAUUUUACUAUGGCAGGUUAACAGAUUAUAAUUUUUUUGUAAACAGAAUAUACAUUUUACAGUGAUUACAGCGAUGGAUUCUAAUCUAGUGAGGUUCUUCAGCAAAUGCAUACCAUUAUUCUUAUCAAUUAAAUACAUCAACUGCACUUAAAAUGAGCUAUCCUAGAAGUAGCAAACAUCAAACUUAAUAAGAGCAGAGUGCAACAAGUGACAUUAAAACAUUAACAUUAAAAUGUUUUUAAUUAAAAUUAUUGCCUGUAGCACAAUUUGCUCAGUAUUAAAACACAAUGAUUUAUAUUAAUCUGGACAAUUCUUAGUAAACAAACAUUCUGUUGCAUUUUCAGUUAGAAAUAAACCUAAAACAAUCUAUAUUUAUUUGUUUAUUCUUAUUUAUAUUACUGCCCCACAAUUGCUUCAUUAUUAAAAUACAUUUAAUUCAAUUGUUAAUUAAUAAACACUCUAACAUAUAGAUUGGAAUAGAUAUUUUAAAAAAAUGUCUGAAUAUUUGUUACUAACUGUCCAUGUUUAUACUAGUAGGCAACCCAGGAAUUGAGUUAUUAAUUCUUCAUAGAUCACGUAAGUGAAUGAAAGGUAUUCAUGAAAUUAUUGCCAAUUUUUGGCUAUUAUUAAGCUAAUUUAUUCCUCUACACUUCAUGGGUUUCUGCUUGGAAAUGCACUGCAGCAGAACACUAAUCAUGACGCAUUAGCAUUCAGCUUUAGAUCAGUACUUCUUUCUAGAAAGACCUAAGACUAUGCAUCAGGUUACCACACAUUAAAAUGUCAUUCUGGUUUCUCUGGGUAUGUGUGUGUAAUAAGUUUGUAUAAUUUGUUUCAUGUAUUUAAACACGUUGACUUUUGUCAGCAGUUAGUUGUUUGUUCAUUGGUGUGACAAUUUACAUUUAAAAGGAAACAGCUUUGUGUGAAAUGUGUAUUAGAAAUGAAAUGUUAAGCACUUUUUCCCUUAAAAGGAUGAAUACUUUGGGGUUUGCACACUCAAGUCUUUGGUGAUUUUCUUUUUAAGUUACCUGCUAGGGAUCAGCCUGGUAGCUUGGCAUUCCAAUUUAUUUGUCAGUUAAAUUUUCGUGGCUGGUUAAUAU